AAUAUUUAGCAAAAGUGUGUGCGCAUUUGACAUCAGAAGAUCAUGACGAAAUUCUUGGCAGAUACAAGAACCAUUUACUUUCAAUAAUCUCAUCUACAUCAUCGCUUAAAAGAGCAAAAGACAAAGCUCAUAGGCUGAAUGAUACUGCGAAACGUUCAUUUCAACGCAUAGAAGUUACCUCAUUUUUUAAAAGACUUGAUACGCAGGUUGACACGAAUGCAACCGACAGUCUUGCACAUGCCACCGAAAAUCUCGUGAACGCAAAAGAAAAUUUAUAUGAAUCGAAACUGAAGGCACGUGCGUAUGACGGAUUUGUCGAGAAUACGGAUGUGAAAAAUGAUCGUUCAUCCAAACGCCUUAGACAAGAAACAAUAAUUUCAGAAGAGGACAAAAAACAAUAUCUUUUAUUAUUUUUUUUGUCUGACGCAAAUACAGUCUCCAAAGCAGAUGACGAUAAUUUUGAUGUAUUGGCAGAACAACAAAUGAGAGAGCAAUUUAUUCGGGGGUUAAAUCCUAUGAAUCAAUACAAUGUUCGCAUGAUGGCUAAAUAUCAUGAUACUAGAGAUAAUAUUACAAAAGCAUUAGUUGAAGCGGAAAAAUUUUCACUACUACAAGGCAAUUUUCCAUUUCCACCAUUUGGAGAUUCAGUGCCUAACUCCUACGAAUAA